AUGGCAGCCUCCCAGCUGGCGACACUGGAAGGAAUGGAGUCAGGGGCCGGGCAGCUGCCCCUGACCGAGGCCACUCCCAGCUUCCUGUAUUCCGAGGGCCAGAGGCUGGCGCUGGAGGCUCUGCUGAGCCAGGGCGCAGAGGCGUUUGAGGCCUGCGUGCAGCGCGAGGGGCUGCGGCCCUUCCUGAGUGGAGAUGAGCUCCGGGGCCUGGUGGCAGCGGCUGAGGACUGGACAGCAGCGAAGCAGGAGCCUAGCAGGGCAGCAGAGGGAGCUACCGCCACCGAUGGGGACUUGGGCAGCCUGACCUACUGGCCUGGACAGUCAGAGGAGCCAGUGCCCACGCUGCGGCUGGGCUGGCCGGAGGGCUCAGCCUGGAAGGGUAUCACCCGGGCACAGCUGUACACCCAGCCACCUGGCGAGGGCCAACCGUCCCUCAAGGAGCUGGUGCGCCAGGAAAUCCAGGCCGCCCACAAGCUGGUGGCCGUGGUCAUGGACAUCUUCACUGACCCAGACCUGCUUUUGGACCUGGUGGAUGCUGCCACACGCCGCUGGGUGCCCGUCUACCUGCUCCUGGACCAUCAGCAGCUGCCUGCCUUCCUGAUUCUGGCCGAGCAACUGGGGGUGAACCCCUGGGCCACUGAGAACCUGGACAUCCGAGUCGUGCGGGGCUGCAGUUUCCAGAGCCGUUGGCGUCGGCAGGUGAGCGGCAACGUGCGGGAAAAGUUUGUGCUGCUGGACGGCGAGAGGGUCAUCUCAGGAUCCUACAGCUUCACAUGGAGUGACUCACGCCUGCACCGUGGUCUGGUGACCCUGCUGACCGGUGAGAUCACCGAUGCCUUCAGCCGAGAGUUCCGGACACUCUAUGCGGCCUCCUGGCCGCUCCCACUCGCGCCCACCCCGGGUCCCUUUGUCAGAGCCCUGGGGGGGUUGCAGCUGGCCUACAGCCCGCAUCGCGUGGCCCACCGCUGCUCCAUGGCCCCCCUGUCGCCGCCACCACUGCCUGAUGGCUCGCUGGCCCAACGCCUGGCCGCCUGCCGAGUCUUCAAGAGGGACAGGCAGGAGACCCUGGCCAAGCCAGGGCCAGCUCUUAGCGACAUCCUGAGGAGUGUACAGCGUGCCCGGACCCCCAGUGGCCCCCUGGCCCAGCACAGCCGCUCCCUAUGGGACCUGAGCCGCCUGUCCCAGCUGUCAGGCUCUAGUGAUGGUGACAACGAGCUCAAGAAGUCCUGGGGCUCCAAGGACACCCCAGCCAAGGCCCUGAUGAGGCAGCGGGGUGCUGGAGGGGUCCCUGGUGGUGAGGCGGACUCCGGCCUGCUGGCCCGGUCCCAGCCCUGGGGCGGCCCCUUGCCCCUCAUCCCUGCCCGCCGCCUCCACUAUCCGUCCCCGACCCGAAGGCGGUUUGGUGAAGAUGCUGCCUCCAAACUCCCAGAACCCAGAGGCAUCCGGCCGCCAGACCAGGCCGCCCAGCCAGGACUCAGGGGGUGGCGCUGA